AUGUGUCUCUUGAUCCUGAGGAGUCUGAGAACUAGAGUAUUGAGUAACUUGAGGAAGCGACUGGUCUCGACGCAGGCCAAUGUCGUGGCUUGGCAGGUGCUCUUUACUCGGGAGUACUCACUCAUUGAAGGCCCUCCUGGAACAGGAAAGUCGUACCUCGGUGUCCAACUUUUGAGAGUUCUUCUGGAGGCAAAGCAAAAGGCUCACAUGGGACCGCUCCUCAUCAUCUGUUACACAAACCAUGCCCUGGAUCAAUUUCUCAAACAUCUUCUUGAUGUCGGCAUUAAUCGCAUCAUUCAAGUUGGUGGCCGCAGCGUCGCACCAGAACUCGAAGGCCUCAACCUUCGCGUAGUCAGCAAAGAAACUCAAAAGGCAGUCGGCGAACGCAUGACUCUUGCCAGUGCGUUUACUCAGAAGGACUCCAGCGCAUAUACCGCCGAGGAGGCCGUGAACUCUCUACGCCUUAGACGAAAUGGUCCGAGCUGGGAAUUGCUUGGCGAUUUCUUGCUGGAGGACAAUUCUGAAAUCUACGAGCAGUUCGCAGAUACAGCGAAUGAGCUGACGGGUGAGGAUGGUGAUCCUCUGUUGAUGUGGCUUGCUGGAGGAGACGCAGACAUUUAA